AUGUAGAAUAUUGAUUCCUCUUCAGAAACUCCUCCAUGGUACAUUAAAGGACAAGACACACAAGCAUUAUUCUAUUAUCAAUGUGAAAGAUAAUUUAUUGUUGCAAUUUCUGGAUAAGAAAUUUAUAGACCUUUUUCCAGUAAGUUAUAGGAAGUCACUUAAAUUAAAUUAGAGGCUGAUCUAUAUUUUAAUUUCUUUGAUGAUAGCGAAGUUAUCAUUGCAAUAGACGACUAGAUAAUAUAUCAAAAAUUGUUUUAUAAUUCACAAAUAGAAUUAUAUAGUAAUCUUUGUUUGGAUCCAGUAGGUAAUCAUUACUUUACUACUAUUGAAAUAAUAUUUGACUUUUAGGUUAAGGCUUAAAACACUAUUUCAAUCAAGUUUAAUUCAUUAAAUGGAUUUUCUUAUUAUGGAAUUAGAAACAUUAAUCUUUAUACAGAUGGAAUCCAAAUGAGUUGUCCAUCAAAUACACCAAUUAUGGGAUUAUAAUCAAUCUGUACCAAAACUUGUGAUUCUAUUAACGAAUAGUUGCAAUCACCAUUAUUGACAAAUUGUAUUUCAAAUCCUUCUCCUUCAAAUGCCCUUUUAAGAAUAUUUCCAGAAUAAUCCAACCUUAUUAAAUAUUAGAUAGCAGAUAGUGUAUGGGUAAGCGAAGAAUUUAAGCAAAGCUCUGAUGAAAAAAUGAAACAAAUCAUUUUCUCAACUUUCACAUAUGCGUUAUAAAACUCAAAGAUACAAUUGCAAGGCAUUAUAUUUUUAAUUGGAGAAUGGAAAGAGGGCUCAUAUGUAAGAUUAAAGCUGAAUUCAACCAAAGAUACUACAACAAUCAAAAGCGUGGCAUUUUAACAAGAAAGCAUAUAAUAUUACACUUCAUUUACUAGUUAAUUUAAGUAUAAAUAUGUUAAUGAUAACACAACUACUGUCACUUGUACAACAAUUGACUGCUAAUAAACUUUGUUUACGAGAACUGAUUAUUAAUACGAGCUUGUUACUAUCAAUAAAACAAAUAAUAAAUUCGUUGCCAAUCCAUCUAAUCUUUUUGAUGUUUAUUAAACUAAGUUGAUUUUACUAAAUGGAACCACUAUUCCAGUUUCAAAAGUUAUACUUAAUACAGAACUCAACAUACCUUCUGAUCCUUAAUUUUUAACAUUUAGUAUAGAAUAAAACGUAUAAGGAGAUAAUGCUAUGUAUGCAUUUUAAAAUAAUAUUUAUAUAUAUUCUGCAGCAAAAUAAGAUUCAGGAUGCGUUUCUUAUUCUUUAUAGGCAUGCAUCAAAUGCAAGUCCACAUAUUAUGUUCAUUUAGGCAAGUGUGUGGCUUAAUGCCCAAUCCAUAGCAGGGUCUUAGAAUCUGUUAGAAAUUGUACAGAUUAUAUGAAUAUUGAAACUUUGCAAUAUACUCCAGGAAUAAGUUAAAACUCUAGCGGAGUAUAUUUAAUAUAGGAUUUUUAUACUUUAGACUUUGAUUCUAUAACAAUUUAAAAAACUUUUAAUAUUUAACCUAAGAGUGAUAAUAGUUUCACUAAUUUGCUCUACUCAAAUUUACUAAAUAAUAAAAUAAUUGGAGGAUAUGCUACUUGGGGUUAUGGAAGUUAUGAAAAAUAAUUUUUUGAUUUGCCUUAUCAUUAUUAAAUUAGAAUUUAUUGCACAUUAUAUUUUAUAGAUGGAUGGUCUAUUGAAGAUUUUUUUAUUAUAAAAAUUGAUGAAACGGAAUACAUAUAUUCUAUAAAUGACUUAGAACAGCAAUAAUUGACAGGAAAGUCAGAUGUGGAUUAUACUAAGUCUGUUUUUAUAAGACAUGAACAUUACGAUGAAUAAUUAAGCAUAAAAUUUACCUGUCUGAGUGAGUAUUAUAAUGAUUCAAGGGAAAAAUCAUGUGGAAUGAAUCAAAUCUUUAUACUAUAUGAUAGAAAUGUUAAUUAUUUGUGUCCCAAAUAAAAUGAAUUCUAUUAGUAAACCUCUUAAACUUGUGCAAUUUGUACUACUAAAGGAAUAGGAUGCAUUGAGUAUAUAUCGUAAGCAUUUAAGAAAUGCGAUUAUCGUUGUUUCUCUUGUUCACUUGAUUUGAAUUAUUGUUUAACCUGUGAUCCAGCAUUAAGAAGGGUAUUCAAUAAUAAUUAAUGUAUAUGCAUAGACGGAUAUUAUGAAUUAGAUGAUGUGCCACAAUGCAAAAAAUGCCCUUUUCCUUGUUUGAAUUGCGAUGAAAGUUAAUGUUUGUCUUGUGUGGAUGAUCGAGAAUUAGAAUUAGGGAAAUGCAAUUGCAGGUAGGGUUAUUAAGAAAUAAAUAAAUAAUGUGUACCAAUAUGUGAUUCAACCUGUUUAACAUGUGAUGGAGUUUCAAAAUCUGAUUGCUUAACUUGUGACUCAUUAAUAAAUAGGUAACUUUUUGAUAAACAAUGUUUGUGUAAGAAUGGAUAUUUCGAGGAUGAAAUUUAAGGUUGUCUUAAGUCAUGUUUGAGCCCAGAAUACUGUUAUGCUUGUGAUGAGUUAGAUCAAUGUAUUUAAUGCUUGCCAAAUUAACAGAGAGUAUUAUUAAACAAUUAAUGUGAUUGUUAAUAAGAUUAUUAAGAAAACCCAAUAACAAAACUAUGUGAAAUGAUUUGUCAUUAUUCGUGUUUAACUUGUUCUCAACCAUAAUCUUCAAAUAGCUGUACUUCAUGCUAAUCAAAAGAUGUUAGUUUCAGAGAAUUAGGAAAUCAAUCCAAUUGUGCAUGUAUAGAUGGAUAUAGAGAUGAAGGUAAUUUAAGUUGUGUAAAAAUACCUAAUUGCCAUUAUUCUUGUAAUUUAUGUUAUGAAUCAAAUAAUUAGAAUUUAUGCAUAGAUUGCUAAUCUAAUAGAUACAUGAAUGAAAAUAAAUAAUGCAUUUGCAAAUUAGGACUUAAGGAAAUAGAUUAAGUUUGUGUUCUUGAUAAUGUAGAUAAUAACUAAAGUAGUGGAAAUAAUAAUCAAACUGGAGGAAAUGAUAAUUAAAAUAGUGGAAGCGAUAAUCAAAAUGGAGGAAAUGAUCAUUAAAAUAGCGGAAAUGAUAAUUAAAAUGGAGGAAAUGAUAAUUAAAAUAGUGGAAAUGACAAUCAAAAUGGAGGAAACGAUAAUUAAAAUACUGAAAGUAAUAAUGAAAAUGGAGGAAAUGAUAAUUAAAAUAGCGGAAAUGAUAAUUAAAAUGGAGGAAACGAUAAUUAAAAUAGCGGAAGUGAUAAUCCAAACGGAGGAAACGAUAAUUAAAAUGGAGGAAAUAAUAACCAAAAUAUUAUUGAAUGUGACGAUGGUAAUGAUUUACCUAGAGACGGAUGCUUUAAUAAUUACAUUGAAUAAUAUUGGUAUUGCACUCCAAAAAGUUAAUCUUAGUAUUCUUUAUGUUCAAGAUGUCACGCUAAUUGCAUAUACUGUUCAUCAAACUCUAUUUGCGAAUUAUGCCUUGAUGGAUAUUACAUCAAUAAUGGUGAUUGUUUGCAAUGUUAAUCAUAAUGUAAGAAAUGCAAUAAAUUUUCAUCCUUUUGUCUUGAAUGUUCAGAUAAGUCACAAAAUCCAACUAAUGGAAUAUGUUAAAAGUGCUAAUCUGGAUAUUAUCUAAUUCAUGAUACUUGUUAAUCAGUCUGUGGAGAUGGUAUUGUAGUAGGAGAUGAAGAGUGUGACGAUAGCAAUAAUAAUAGCUUAGAUGGUUGUAAUUCUUUAUGCAAAGUUGAGUCUAAUUACAAAUGUUCAGAUUCAUCUUGUAUACCACUUCCAGAAAUCAAAAAGGAGGUAAGCCUUUAAUAAAACAAUCAAGUUAUAAUAUCUCUCCAAAAUAUCAAUUCAAAUUGUUCUUUAGUUUCAUUAUGGAUUGAAUAAAUUUCAGCUGAAAAUUAUAAAUAUAAUGUUUCACAAGUUGAAUCAACUUAAGAUUCAGGCAUGAAAUGCUCAAUUGAUUUUUUAUUUUAGCAAGAUGUCAAGCCAUUUAACUUGAUACAUGUUCUAGUCAAAAAGAAAACAAGAAUAUUAUCUGAUUCAGACCUUGUGGAAUUACUUGUUUAACCAUAAAAAAAAGGAUGCAAAUAUUGUGUAUUAAAUGUAUUGCGUUACAUUGUAUUUCUUUUUGGGAAUGAUUCCGAUAUCAAUAUUAUUUAACCAAUUUGA